AUGGCCGGCUUCAUGGGCACUCCGGAUGGAGACGAGACCAUUGCGCUCCUUGAAAGAGUGCAGACCAAAGAUGAUUUCCAUGCCAAGAGGUGGCGUUGCUUGUCGCAUCCCACACGAGCCUUGGAGACCUUGUCGCCAGUGGCCAUUCUGGAGAUCGGCAUCUUGAACGCACGCGACCUUGCGGAGAGAGAGAGCGGCAUGUGGCGCUCAGACACGACGGCAGACUCCUUCGUACAAGUAGUGCUGGACGAUCAGGAGCUCGAGAAGUGCAUCACUCCCGUUGCCAGAGGAAAGAAGCAACCAACAUGGCUCUACCACUGUGAGGUGGACAUUUUGGCUCCUAUGUCUAUGAUUCGCUUGCAGGUGUUUGAUGACCAGCCGACCGAAAAGGUGCCGAUCGGCUUCGUGGACGUUUGUGUAGGAGACAUUCCCUACGAUAAGCCGAUUGAGGGAUGGUUCGAGCUGCGCUUCCAGGACAACUUUCAGUCAACGAGCGUACACCGCUACAACCACCAUUGCGAGACGCGCGAGGAGACGGUAAGCCAGCGGGAAUUCGAGGAGGAGCUGAAGAAGAAGCAGGGAAACAAGGGAAACCAGGCCCCGGACCCCGAAGUGGGUAUGGAUGGGGGCGAGUCCGAGACGAUUGUGGUCAAGAAGCCGUACUUCGCCUCGAGCAAGGAGCGUGCCAUGGAUGCCUUCCAAGCCUGUGUCCACUCGACGGCCGACCGUGCAGAGGAGUACGGGUUCCAAACCUUGAGUGCCAGCCUAAAGGAGGGCACCACAGAGAGGUACCGGAGCAACAACGGGGAGCUGUAUAUUUCGCUGAAGCUCAAGACUGUGGUUUCCAGCUCUGACAGCCUCUUCGCCUUGGCUUUAGAUGCCCCGCCACCUGUAAAUCGUGGCAUUCGCGAGACCACAGAGUUGAAGAGGACACCCGACAUCCAGCAGUGCGUGGACGAAGUCUGGGAAGUAAAGGUGCAGCUGCUGGAUGACGCAGUGCUAUGCUGUGUGUAUGGCUUCAAGUACCUCAUCAGCUGGCGCUGCUGGCCACUCUCCCUCUUGUACCUCGUCGGGAGUCUCGUGUGCUGCUACAGGUCCUACUGGUGGUGGGCCAUCCUCCCCUUGCUUCUAUCCGUCUCCCUUGUCGUCAACUCCUUCCCAGAGCAGCGCAAGUACAUGACAAGGGGUGGUCUCAAUGCAGACCUCACGGAAGAGGGUUUCAAGCACACAGCAGCUUGGCGCAACACAGAUGAGGUUCAUUCUUUCAUUGGCCGCCUGCUGACCGAAGACAUGAAGGCCAGGCUCGACAACCCGCGCAACUCCCACAAGUUGCGUGCCUUCGCUGCCCAGUGCAUGCGUGAUGGUGUUCCGACAGUGUCCCUUUCGGAGCUACGCCUCGCGCUCAUGGCAGCACCAUUUGUGGUCGACGCAGACAAGGCCUCUGCCUUCCAACUCCAUGAGCCCGUGUGGGUAGAUGGCCGCGACCGUGCGGUCAUUACGGAGCUGACCGCUGUGCCUGACAGGAUCACUGUGGAGCUCCAGCCCACCUUGUUAGACAAAGAGAAGCAUGUCAAGGUGGUACACCAGCGCCAGAUUACUAAGAGAGGCGAAAGCAUCCCGAGUCUUCCCAAGUGGGCCACCGAAAUGGUCAUGUCCUCCGCCAUGGUCCAGAUCUACCCCCCGCUCGAGGGCAUCCGCCUUGGUUUGCUGCCCCUGAUCAGCACCUUGACGGGCAUCGUCACAUGGAAGAACCGCUCAGUGGCCGUCGGAUUGCUGGUCGGCCUGCUCGUGGUCUCUGCAGUCUUCUUCUGGGCAGCCAUUAUGCAUAUCAUCAAGAGCGACGAGCAGGGCAUGCUCUCUCGCAGCCAAGAGGUUAUCAUUCUGGUGCUGAGGAGCCUGGACAACUUCAUUGCGGCCAUCAUCACGAUUGUGGUUUUCCUGUGUCAGGCUUGGUGGAUGGCGCACUUCUCCUCACUGACGAAGAUCAUGCAGAGACGUGGUCGCCAGCGUACAGCUCCAAGCAAUUGGGCCUUCUUCAAAGAGGACCCAGACCAAUCCGAGAUGCUCAAGAACCUCCUCAGCAAGGAAGCCGAGCAGUACCCCCAUGGGAUGUUCCACCUCCCGCACAUGAGCACCGACGCGAGCGCCGCCUAUGCCGCGCACUACAAUCGGCAAUGA